AUGUCAAAUCAAUCUCAAAUUGACUCUAAGCAUAGAAAUAUAAGAAAUAUUGUUACCCAAAGUAAAGUUGACCAAGAGUACGAUCAAUAUGCAGGUCAAAUAAUUAAGCUGGCAAUCUUUGGAGUUUGA